AUGAAGUUUCUCUCAGUAAUUCUUCUAACCACUACCGCUGGGCUAGCCAGUGCCGCCGGCUCAGCAGGCUGCGGACAACCCUUACCCCCGAGCCAAAACCCCGGGGGAUCCAGCUAUGGGGUCAACUUCACCCUAUCAGCUGGUACUCAGCGAUUCUAUCGGAUCCACAUUCCUUCCAACUAUAAUGUGAACACACCUACCCCACUUAUAUUUUCGUUCCAUGGACGAGGCAAAACAGCCGAAAGCCAAGAGAAGCUGUCGCAAUUCAGCAAUGAAGAUUGGAAUCCAGAUGCUAUUGCUGUGUACCCGCAGGGGCUCAACAAAGAAUGGCAAGGAGACCCACACUCGAAAGAUGUCGACGAUAUAGCAUUCACCAUGGAAAUGCUCGACUACUUCCAGGAAAAGUUCUGCAUCGAUUCCACACGUGUAUACGCAGCAGGCAAGUCCAAUGGAGGGGGAUUUACGAACCUCCUUGCCUGUGAUCCAACGGCAUCCACCCGAAUUGCAGCCUUUGCUCCAGUCUCGGGUGCCUAUUAUCAGGAUGUUUCUGAAGAGGCCUGUCACCCUACUACGGUGCCCAUCAAGUGUUCUCCCGGUCGCCCUUCAAUUCCUAUUCUUGAAUUUCAUGGUACGGCCGAUAAGACGAUUCCUUACGGGGGAGGUGGCCGGCGCGGCGAGUGUCUUCCUUCUAUUCCGCACUUUGUUCGUGAAUGGUCGAAGCGACUGGGGUACGGACUCCACAAUACGACUAAAGAGUUGUAUGAUGGUAAUGUGCAGGAGUAUCAGUAUGGAAAUGGUGAUAAUCGUGGGAUUGUUACUCAUUACCGGAUUGGUGGGUUGGGACAUGACUGGCCUAGCGUGCGGCCAAAUAGCGAUAAUCCUAAUGGGACGUAUCUGGAUGCAACGCCGAUUAUCGUCAAGUUUUUCAAGCAGUGGGUAUUGCCUGGGUCCUCCGAGGAUAACCAGAGCGAGGCGAGAUAG